CGAACGCCGGAGCAGACGACGUAACGGCGGGCCAUGCAGAAGACGCUCAAGUUCUCCUUGCUACCGCUGCUGGUAAUCGCGGCGCUCGUGCCCGCCAGAGAAGCUAGAAUCGAACAAGUGAAAAGGGCAUGUGUCGAAGUGGAAGUCGUGGCAGACAAGUGCGCCAGGAAGCACUACUCGUCUUACAAGCUGGAGCACUCCAAGACGCAGCCGUUGGUGAAGAAGUGCUUCUCCAACCGGGCGCACGUCACCGACCUCAUGCUGGACUGCGCUGAACCCAUGGCGCUGGGCAUCUUUCUGACUUGCAGCGUGGAUUCCGUCUCCAAAACUUCGGGCAAGGCCACCCACGACCCGGACUUCAAGAAACGGACGAAGGCUUUCAAGACGUGCGUGGAGAAAGGACUACAGGGCACGGUGCCGGCGGAGACAGACCCGUACGAGUUCGACAAGAGGCGAAAGAAGAAGAUCCGGCGCCGGCUCGCCGACCCCUCCGGGGAAGGCCUCUUCAACAACGUGUUUCCCCGCUACGCAAACGACUCCAUCUUUCUCUUGUGCCGCCUCCACGAUGUGGGGGCAGCCGUGUGUCUGUUCUUCCUUAUCCCUUUCAUGCAUGGCCUCGGAGAUCGCGCCACGGGCGCUCGCACCGCCCGAUCUCAGACGUUAUGUCUCGUUUACAAAAGUCGUCACUAGAGGGAACACUGGCGCUGCGAUCGCUAAGCUACUAAGUUUUACAACCAGAACAAUGGGAGUGAUGGGGACGCAUUCUGCAGCGAUCACUUUUCGCUAUGGUGGCUUAGUAUCGCCGUUAGGCGCGCGCCGAUUGGCUGGUUAAGCACUACGUCACGCGAUGGCGAUCGUCGCAGUAUACGUCCCAUGGUUAGCAAAUGAAUUCGUCUACUUGCUUGCAGCUUCGAACGUUCCCGAGACCGUUAUUUAUCACGUUCUAAAAACGCAGCAAGGCAACUAGCCUUUACAUGCGCAGUCAUUGCGAAUUGUUGAAUUUACAACGCAAUAUUUUGUUGAAAAACGUUUAAUUUGCGAAGUCACGAAGCCAUUUCAAUUCAGAAGGACGAAGUUUAAGACAAAUACGUGUAAUGUUUACCACUGCCAAUCAUUGCCACGAUGGCUGAACCGCCAUACUGGCAUCGCCCGCAGACAAUAACGUCGGAGAUUCCUGUAGUAUUUUUCGUAGAAAACUAUACGUGUUUUGUCGGUUUGACGACGUGGGGCAGCCGUGUCUGUCCUGUGUUUAUUUCAUGCGUGGUCUCCGAGAUGGCGCCACGGGCGCUCGCACCGCCCAAUCUCGGAGGUUAUGUCUUCUGUAGAUAAAAAAAAAAAAUCACUAUGGGUAACACUAUAUGCGGUGUUUGUCUACACCAGGUGUCAACUGUGAGCAUAUGCUAAGCCACGCCCUCCGCGUAUGCACCUUGUAGCCAACUAGCAGGCGCCAUCCCAACAAAUGACCGAGAUGGCAGCGACGUGCUAAAACUUCCUUUUAAUUUUAGCAAAGCCGCGACGAGCAAGAAAGCGGCGAGCAGCACUGGUGGAGACACCUUGCGACGGCAUUCAACCUAAUGGAAUGCCUUCUACAUUAGAUCACUUAUGCUUGCGCACAAGAUGUCGACGAUAGUUCCCUAAAUCUUUCUUUUGGCCACAGAACCACGAGUCGCCUGCUGGGUUUUACGAUGUACAGGUAGGUCUAUUAACACUUACACAGCCACCAGCGUUAACUCGGCCACCCGCCCUUGUACAACCACUGGCAUACCAGAGUAUACACGUUCAUUAUUUCGGAAAAAGCGAUGAUGAAUGUUUCUAUGUACCAUAAAACUUGCGUUGAGACAAAACCCGACCGGCCAGUGUAGAAGGUCCGCCUGCACUUACACAAACGAUGGAAUUUUGUGAAGUUUAUGAAUUCCGAAUUGGGAAAGGAAGAUGAAAAAUGUAAACUGAACCGACGCGCGGAAAAAAAAAAAAGCUAUAUGAGCUCUUUUUCAAAGUGAGCCAAAUCCAUCGAAUGCAAAUACGAGAAAAACGCAAAAAUUGCACAGUGCAGCCUUUGUCAAUGGCAAAUGCGCUUUUGUAACACAUUUUUUGCAGGUUAAUUGGCUCGUUCUGAUAUACCCGAGUGUCCAAAUGAUGCCUAUUAUAGUAGUUUUGAAAAUAAUUUUUGCUUAGUUUUGGGAUG